AUGCAUGGUAGAGGAGUGUUUGGAGGCCAGGUUAUCUCGCAAGGGCUCGUCUCCGCCACAAGCUGCGUUGAUGAUGCGUACAAGUUGCAUUCGAUGCACUGUUAUUUCUUGCUCAGUGCAUCCGCCGCAAUCCCUAUCAUCUACAGUGUCGAACGAGACCGGGACGGUCGUUCCUACGCGACGCGUACCGUGAAGGCUAUCCAGAAUGGGCGCACUAUAUUUGUCCUGGUCUGCUCUUUUCAACGACCAGAGCCAGACCAGCCUUCCUAUGAAUGCCCGAUGCCUCCAAAUGUCCCUGAUCCAGAUAAGUGUGAGCUUCUAGAAGCGUACUACGAAGAGAUGCUUCGUCAAGAGAAUAUCCGGCCGUCGUACAAGGAAUAUGCUGCAAGCUAUAUACAUGAGCGUAGAAGGAGUCCGAUCGCUGUUAAGAGCGCAGGAAUCAUUGAGUCUUCAGACGGUGGUAUUGUGAUCUUGUAUUGGUUCAAGGCGAAGAAUAUUCCCAAGUAUGAUCCCUCCUUCCAAAAGUGUAUACUCAGUUACAUGUCUGACUUACUCUUUAUUGGUAACGUCCGUAGGACUCUCGUCCAGAAAGGACACCUGGAUAAGGGCACACCUUUGGCGAUGGUAACAUCAUUGGAUCACACAAUUUGGUUCUACGACGAUGAAUUUGACUGCGGGGAUUGGUUACUCUACGUAGUAGAGUCCCCACGGGCACGUUCCGGUCGAGGAGUGGUACUUGGUCGUUUGUACACACGAAGCGGAACGUUGGUCGCAAUAACUGCCCAAGAGGGAGUCUCUCGGCAGGACGUUGCAAAAGCUUCGGGUGGUGCGAAAGCCAAACUGUGA